UUCCCUGCUAUUCAAAGCCACCUGCUGGCUGCUCUGACUCAGCAUAUAAGGCUCGUAUCUUCUCACUCUCGUUGUCCUCUUCCUUCUUCACUCCACCACUCUUUCAUCACCACAGCAAGACCAAGUCGGACCUGAACAAUCACAAACACAAUAACACGAAACCACAAAACAACAUGGCCAAAGACGACCUAACUCCUCGUGAGAAUGAGGUGCUCGCUCUGGCAUGGCAGUGCUUCGAGCAAGAGCCCAAGGUCGAUAUGAACAAACUCGCCGCACUUACAGGUUACACCCUCGGGAGCGCGAGCUUCACCAUGGGCAAGAUCAAGCGCAAGCUCAAGAACAAGACAGCCGGCAUCUCCGAGGACAGUCCCGCCGCAAAGUCAACUCGCGGCCGCCCCAGAACCGCUACUGCCACCUCAACACCCAAGAAGCGAGGCGCCACCGCCGCUCCCAUCUCUGCCUCCAAGCGCUCCAAAAAGGUUGCCGCCGCUCGCAAGACCACUUCCUCCCCCUCCGCCUCUGAUGCCAACGACGACGAUGACAACGACUUCAACCUAGGCGGACCCAAAGUCAAGAAAGAAGAGCCUGGCUUCGACGACAGCUUCGAUCUCGUCGAAGAAGACCCCCCCGAUCGUGGCACUAUGGGCAUGAGCUAUGAUUUCCUCGAUGGCAUCGCAACCUGUGGUGGGGCUGCUAAGGGAACCGGAAGGAACGCGUCUAACGGGUACCGUGCGGUACAAUUGGAGGAGGAUGAGUAGGUGUCCUGGGGUUUAUGUGGAGGUGGGGAUGGGAAGGUGGUGGGCGAAGAGAGUGUGGAUGGGUGAGGACAUGGGUGACGG